GCGCUGUCUUUAUAUAAUUGACAUGUAAAUCGCGAAUGUUUCCCUCCGAUCGCGUCGCGUCCGAGAACAAAGUGCCUCUCAAUGAGAGCAAAGAGAGAGAGAGAGGGACGGGGACGGGUAGAUACAGGAAAGAAAAAAAAAAGAAAAAAGAAUCCGCGACGUUAUCCGCCGCGUGAUACCGCGAGACGUGUCCUUCUCCUCCUCCUCAGGAGCAAGUAUGUUCGAUUUCAAAUUCGAUUUCGUUUGAAUUUGAAUUUUGUGGGAAUCAUGCUCGAUAGAUUUUGCUCGAUUGCUCCUCGAUUAUCCGCUCUGCCGAGCGUUCGCGCGAUUUACGGUGCUCUCCUCAGAGAGUUGGACUUUCCUUAUUGAUUUAAUUCUCGCGAGUGUACGUCCUCCUCGUCGAUCACCCUCAUCGGUAUCGCUGUUUCACACCGACGAUCGCUCGUGUUUCUAUUUACUCACGUAGAAAUCAACGUCGAUUGGAUUAUCACCCUGGCGAGAGGAGGAAGAUCGGAGCGCGAGUGAGCGCCGGAAGUCGUGAACGUUUCAUGACAUUUCUACCUGUGAUGUGGAUCUCUUCAGGGAGAUCACAUUUCGCAAUUCUAAACAAACGUACCGAGGAAUUCCUGUGAUGGCUUCUAAUAUGGACACGAUUGGAACGUUUGAGAUGGCAAAAGCUUUGUCAAAGCAUGGUCUUUUUACUACGGUUCAUAAAUAUUAUACCGCAGAUGAAUGGAAAAGCUUUGCUACGCUAAAUCCCGAUUGCAUAAAGAAUAUAGCGGCCAGCUCGGGGAGUGGAAAUGAGGAUUACGAGCGGCUCUCGAGUAUCCUGGAGGCCGUGCCGGAAUUGUCAUUCAUAUGCUUAGACGUUGCAAACGGAUACACGCAACACUUUGUGGAAUAUGUGAGAAAAGUUAGGGCACAAUAUCCGAGCCACACUAUAAUUGCAGGAAAUGUUGUGACAGGAGAAAUGGUGGAAGAACUGAUACUCUCCGGAGCGGAUAUAAUUAAAGUAGGAAUUGGUCCAGGUUCCGUGUGUACCACGCGAAUGAAGACCGGCGUGGGUUAUCCGCAGUUGAGCGCCGUGAUCGAAUGCGCGGACGCAGCGCACGGCUUGAAGGGCCACAUUAUCGCUGACGGUGGGUGUACCUGUCCCGGAGAUCUGGCGAAGGCGUUUGGCGGAGGUGCGGAUUUUGUCAUGGCAGGCGGAAUAUUCGCUGGUCAUGACGAAUGCGGGGGCGAGAUUAUAGAAAAGAACGGGAAAAAAUUCAAAUACUUCUAUGGGAUGUCAUCCAGUACAGCCAUGAAGAAACACGCUGGCGGUGUCGCGGACUACAGAUCUUCGGAAGGUAAAACUAUCGAAGUGCCUUAUAGAGGUUUGGUCGAGAACACUGUGUUGGAUAUCUUGGGCGGCCUAAGGUCCGCUUGCACUUACAUCGGAGCUGAGCGUUUGCGCGAACUGCCGCGACGAGCUACGUUCAUACGCUGCACGCAACAAUUAAAUCCCAUGUAUGGACCGCCCCCAGAAAUAUAAAGCUUAUAAUUAUCAAAUUAUGUUCCUUAGUGAAGAGAAUUUUAACGCCAAUAUUUGUUGAUCGUGUAUUAUUUGCUGGCAAAUAAUAUUUAUAUAUCGAGUGAAGACGCAGUCUUGUGAGAUGUUUAUCACUUCAUCGUGUGAUCAACAUCCAAGUAUUACGAAUUAAUCUUAUAGGUAUGCUCAAAUGGAAGAAUUUAUUUAUGUUAUACAAUAAUUCUUCUUAUGCACAAAUAAAGAAUUUCGUUAUAUUAAAUGUCGUUUUGUAUUUGCAUUGAGAAUACUUUUUAUCAGUUAUCAUAUAUCAAACUGACGCCUAUAGCAAUAAAUCGCGAUACUUUAAUUAUCUUCUAAUUAUAUUUCAUAUUUGAACAACGAAUGGACAGUACCAAAAUUUAUGUUUCGUUGUUAUCCUUUUAUUAUGAAAUAUGAAUAUGUAUGUAUUUUACAAACUUUGUAUUAAAUGUGCACUACACCUACAUAAUAAAUUUUACCUAUUUAAUAUUUUAC